AUCAUGAGCUUGCUUCGAGAUUAAGUCUGCUCUUUGUGUAUUUAUAGUCCCCAAACUUUGCCUGUCUUCUAUCGCAGUAAUGAUCUUGGCUUGUUUUGUUUCACUGGUAUUUAUAUUUAUAUUCCCAAUUUUUUGUUUAGGAAUUCGUUUUUUUACAGGUUCUGUCUAGUCCACGUUAAAAUUUGGGGAAUUUCAACGAGACACCUGGAAUUUGUUUCUUGGUUUGCAGGGGGGGCAACGAGAUACCCGUGUGAGGAAAUCUGAGAGGCUAUAAAUAAACCUGUUUGCCGUGUGCCUCGAAUAAUGAAUCUCGAAAGGCUCGUGAGAUUGUUUUAUCGACUUUUUCAGGGAAUUUCGAUGUGUUUUGUGUUCAUCCGGACGUGCAAAACUUACAGCAAAUUGAAGAUGGCGUUAAGUGCAGCCGUUGAGGCGGCUUCAUUGUCUCCCGUUGGAGUUUCGACUUCUUAUUCUCCCAAUUCUGUCAGAAGACGCUCGUUUCAAGAUUUGAGCGUUGAGAUCUGUUCUGAAAGCUCACAGCCAUUGGCGUCUCCUUUGAAUUCUGCUUCUCCUUAUGGAAAACUGAAAACUUUUUCUCCUGGAUCGAAGAUUAGAAAUAGCUCUGUGCACUUUCAGGAGUGUCUGGGACCCGCUAAUACAAUACCCAUCGACCAAUUUCAAUUGGUUUCUCCCCGAAGACCCAAUUUGACUGGUUUAAAUCAGAAUUGUCAUGGUUUUGUACAGGGAAACGAUCUUUCAGGGCCUUCAGCAUAUUUUAAUACAGAAUCCUCUGUUAAAAUUCAUGAAGAUAAAGUGGGAUGUGAUGACUCGAAGGUUAACGCUACCGGUGGAUUUAUUGAAGGAAAUGGGUUGAAAUUGAAUCGGCCUCCAUUAGCCUCAAAGAGGCGGCGUCCUCCGACGCUUGAAAUUCCUCACUUGCCCAUGUCUUUAACGCCAUGUUUUCACAGAGCUAACUUGGCUGAGGAGUUGCAGAAGGAAACGUGUUUUCAAGGUUGUAACUACUCUGUUGCCUGCAAAAAGGGUCGCAGAGAAGUUAUGGAAGACGCUUACAAGGCAAUCAUUAACAUUUCUGGGGAUUCCAGGAAGGCUUUCUUCGGUGUGUUUGAUGGGCAUGGCGGCCGCAAGGCUGCGGAUUUUGCAGCAGAGAGACUCGGCCAAAACAUUGCAGAUGCAGUCACUGAAAACGGGAAAGGCGACUGUCACAUGGAAGACGUGGUUAGAACAGGCUACCUGACCACAGACGAAGCCUUUUCCAAGCAGAAUAUAAACAGUGGGGCAUGCUGCGUGACGGCCCUGAUCACAGGAGAUCUCAUGGUGGUCGCCAACGCAGGAGAUUGCCGCGCAGUGUUAAGCAGAGAUGGGAAUGCUGAAGCCCUCACAUGUGACCACAGAGUGGAAAGGGAAGAUGAGCGCCAAAGGAUAGAAGAUCUGGGUGGAUACGUAGACUGUCAUAAUGGUGUAUGGAGAGUACAGGGACUGCUUGCAGUAUCAAGAAGCAUAGGUGAUAUAAACAUGAAAGAGUUGAUAUCAGCGGAACCAGAAAUGAAGAAGCUCACCAUUACGCCUGACUGUGAGUUUCUCAUAUUGGCAUCCGAUGGCUUGUGGGACAAGAUUAGCAAUCAAGAGGCUGUGGACACAUCAAGGGCUUUGUGUGUAGAGAAAUUGAGAAGCGCGGAAGGGUUUUGUGAGCGUUCAUUGAGGGCAUGCAGAAAGCUUGUGGAUGUUGCCGUCAGCAGAGGAAGCAAGGAUGAUGUGACUGUCAUGAUUGUGGACCUCAAACACUUUUGCAGAUGAUUCUUUCAUUAGCAAAUGGAUGAAUAACAUGAUCUAAAGCUAAUUCGUUGAGGGAAAACAGUUGUUGCCCUCGAUUCGGAUGUACGAGGACUGUGUGACAUGACCCACAAAAUCUUUUGAGAUCGAGUCACACAGCUGUAGACCUCAACAUUCUUAAUAUUCUUUCUCGGACCUCAAAAAUGCUACCAGCUGGGUUGUGGCCAGAGUGGAUUCUGCAUGAUAGGGGACUUUCAGUUGUAAAUUUGAUGACCGUAUCACCGUAUUUGUCAUUUUUUGGGCAUAGAAUACCAUCAAUUUUUUUGGGGGGGGCGCAUAGAUGUUUAUAUCUCUACCCUUGAAGGAAUAAGGAGGACUACCUUCAGAAAUAUUACAUUUUUUUUUAUCUAACCAGAGUCGAGUUAAAUUAAUCCUGGAAGGGAAUAGAAGGGCUUUCUUAGGUUUCAUAGUGACUUAUUUGAAAAGUUCAUGUAACUUAUUUAGCAAGUUCACUUACUUUCUGGUAAGUUAAUUAUUUUGUUAUAAAAAUAUAAUUAUUUGUAAUUUU